AUGCUCAUCCCGCUCCGUUACCGUCGUCGCAUUACUCUGGUUUCUGUGGUGCUCGGACUGUUCCUUAUAUACCACUUCAUUUCGAUCAGACCGAACCUCCCGCGACCGUUGUCAACCGUCCGCAGCAACUUACAGCAGCAACAACAACCAAAACAGAAGCCGGAUACUCAUUCCGACUGCCCCCUUCUUCCCGGCAUCGAAGAUGUCCUGGUGGUAAUGAAGACCGGCGUGACCGAAGCUCUAGACAAAGUCCCCGUGCACUUCGAGACCACCCUGCGCUGCAUCCCCAACUACGUGAUCUUCUCCGACUUCGAGGAAGAAAUCGCCGGCGUGCGCAUACACGAUGCCUUACGCAACAUGGACCCCGAAGUGAAACGCACUGUUCCCGACUUCGACCUCUACAACCGGCUGCAGAAGCUCGGCAGAAAGGGUCUGGGAACGCAGGAUUUCGCCGACGAGGCCAACUCGGCCAUUGGGAAACCCAACAACCCGGGCUGGAAACUGGACAAGUGGAAAUUCCUCCCCAUGGUCCGGGAGACACUACGCUACAAGAAUGACGCAAAGUGGUACGUCUUCAUGGAGGCCGACACCUACUUCGCCUGGCCCACGCUUCUGGAAUGGCUGUCGAACUACGACCCCCAGAAGCCGCUCUACAUCGGCACCGAGACCCAGAUCGCGGACGUCAUCUUCGCGCACGGCGGGUCCGGCUUCAUUAUCUCCCACCCUGCCCUGCAGCUCGCGGUGGACGAGUACGCCGCCCGCAGCGUCGAGCUCGACAUGUUCACCGACGAGCACUGGGCCGGCGACUGCGUCCUCGGCAAGGUCCUGCUGGACGCCGGCGUCCCACUAACGUAUUCGUGGCCUAUCCUGCAAAACUCGAACAUCGGCGAGCUCGAUCCCUUCACAGCGGGCUUCUACCGCCAGCCAUGGUGCUUCCCCGCCGUCGCGUUCCAUCACCUCUCCCCACAGGACAUCCGAAACCUGUGGGAAUUCGAGCAGCGACGAUGGAAGUCGCACAAACGCCUCCUUCUACACUCAGACGUCUUCAAAGAGCUCAUUUACCCCGAACUCUCCAACGUCCGCGACGGUUGGGAUAAUCUUUCCGGCGAGGAACACGCCUCCGUCAACACAUUCCAGGAAUGCCAGUCUACAUGUCUCAAUGAUUCCACCUGUGUCCAAUUCGCACUUCGCGCGGGCUCCUGUUUCACCGGCAAGACGCCUAGGCUUGGUGUGGGGAACACCGCCGUGCGAUCGGGCUGGGUUAUGAAGCGGAUCGAGAGAAUGAUGGAGUCGGCGCCUUCAUGUCCGAAGCCGGAUUUCGGUCUAUGA